AUGCCAGAGGAAAUAUUUUCUACUAGGCAUGCAGACUCGGGGAGCGAUCUACACAAUCGGCGUGUUCUCCCCGAUAACCCAACCAAUAUAUUAUACGCUAAUUGGCAAAAGCUCAUACCCACCCUUGUGGACCCGCAGUUGAAGUAUUACGCCCGAACUAUUGGCCAAGGCUUGGAGAAGACUAACCAAGUGAUCUCAGCGUGCGCAACUCUCUCUUGCACACGGAAAAAGACCAAUUUAUUGUGCCUAUUCUUCGACAGUAACAUUCCACAGGUCCUCCUUCAUCAUGGGCUGUUCCCCACUGCGCCUUCACAACCCCGUAUGGCGGUAUCCGUUGAGCUACUUUCAUUUUAUCGUGCUCUUUUUGAGCGGUCUUGCGACGCAAUUAAUGCUCUCGCCUCGGCUCUCAAAACGCACUAUUCACGCCGAGGUUUUCAAGUGACUGACUCGCGGGGUGAUAUCGUGCAGGAACCAUUUCGUCGUGGUCUAGGCUAUGCCGUACAGUGGUACGACAUCCUACAAGUUCAAAUUGAACAGCAAGUGGACGCAGUCCUCCAACACAGUCGAGACUGCGUGGCCAGUCACCAAUCACCCCGACCGCCGACUGUAACCAAUAAUGAAAGUGCGGCAUCAACUGUCUUACACUCUGGCCGAUGUGCACCACUUCUCGCACAGCGCUGCCCAGCGUGUUUUGGCGGGACACUGUAUGGCAGACCCAUUGAUCAAGGCGGGGACAUACACGUCGCUACCGACGGAAAUUUCCAUCAUCGCCACAGACGUUCUGCGGGUGAUUGUCCUCGUUUCUAUGAACCGACUUACUUCCUUUCAAAACAGUUUGUUGACGCAGUCGGGCGCCGAAUUGAUGCACAACGUAAGCGACCUCCGAAGCUACAUAAAUCCGUCGUGCCUGAUGAAGCUAUCGACCAAUGCGAGAAUGCAUACGAAGCCGCCGACGGGAAGAAACAAAAAACUGCAAUGGACAGCUUCGACGACACAGGAAUAAUGGCCCUCAUCUGCCGGCAUGAUAUACCCUUAUUUUUUGCCAACAUCGAUUCUCCCGGUGAACAGCAGAAAUACUCGGUAGCGCUGAUAGAACAUCUGUUCACAUUACUCCCUCCUCAGGCCACGGUUGUUACCCUGUAUGAUGUAGGCUGUGUUCUCGCUCGGUCCCUUUCAAAGUUUCAGUUUGAUAUUCUCCCCCCUGAUGUUGUAUCACGCCUGCGGUUUGCGACUACGGCUAUGCAUGCCUACGGGCAUGAAUGGGCCUGUCAGCUAGUGCACAAUCCGCGUAUGUGCAUAGGGCUUGGCUUAUCUGAUGGCGAGGGGACUGAGCGGCUGUGGUCGCGGUUUGUUCGCUUGAUUGGUGUAGAAAGGUCAUCAUCGCGCCAGCGCCGUCUGUGGUUAAUUGAUCGUCAAGCGGCUGCCAUAGGAUCGGAAAUGAAAACAGACCUUGGAGAGUGGAUUAAAAACCGUCUCAAGCGGGGCAUCAAGGCCCAGAGCUCUGCUGCCCUCGACGUCAUCGAUCACUAUGCGCCUGCUCGUCUCAAGAAGGAGCUCGAUACAGUACUCGUUCUACAAGCUGACUUGGACACGUCAGAUCGAGCCCUGCAGACUACCAAGACUAUGCUGGAGAAGGAGGCAGCAUCCGAUGACACCCUCGAUGUCCUCGAGAGCCUCCAAAGAGGCCAUGAUCGUCUCAUGACUAAAGUCGAAGCGUUAUACUCUUCUCUUAACGUCCAUGAUAAAUUCCCCGAGCUCAACGGAGUCAAUCUUGACUUCGUCCGUGUCCUUCUUAUGGCACGUGAUCUUAAGAUGAAUGUUCGAAAGCGCGCUAUUGCCAGCUUUUUCGAAUGGGAUAAAUUGGAUCGUGCUGUAGGCGGAUCUCACCAAGCAUUAGGAACGAAGCUUCAUCAACACACUCGAAAAGCUAUAGCAAAACGCCAACCUGCGCUCAUGACAGCAAUCCGAAAAUUCAAUUCUUAUUGUGAGCGCUUAGACUCGCUCUACAAUCCUGCUUGGAAUAUUCCACUUCCUACUCCCCUCCCGACAAAAUUAGCUGAACUACGUAGCGACCAGACAUUAAUGCAGGACGUUUGGAUUACACCCUCGAUUGGGGAGGUACCUCGAUGGUUGCAAGACUCAGACAUCAGGGAUGGAAUUCGUGCCAUUCUUAAGCGUGACCGGUGCAGGGAGGAGCAGAAACGCUUAGGGAUGGAGGCUGAUAAUUUGUGUCGCUUCUUUGAAGAAGAGCUGACGGCAUUGGAGCUUUCAAUCCGAUUGCCUGAAAAUGAGCGCCUCCUCGUUCCAUUACAACAGAGGCGCUCACAUUUUCUCAGACUUCAGGUGCGAUGGGCGAAUGCACUAGCGUCUUCGGUUCGGUUUAGCAGUUGCGCAAAAGAGGCGCUAGCCAGGGCUAUAACCUACUCUGGAGGUACUCACGGUAUACCUCUUCAUUUGGACGAGCCAGUGCUGCCCGAGGCAGAUGACCCCGCAGAGGUCGGACCCGAGCAAGCUGCACUUGCCGAUAUUCUGGAGGGUGAUAGUGCUGGAGCGGAGUUCAAUGAGGAUCAAGACUUCGUGUCUAAUGUUUGUGCUGACAUGGUGUGGGAUUGCCCCGAGGGUCUCCUAAUCGAUGACUUCCGCGUCCCAUCUCAAGACUCGCAUGUCAUCGUGCCUGGACGUGUAGCUACUAGAACCACAUCGUCAACUGGAGGCUUCCCCUGCCACGUAUUCGAGCCGAGAGACAUAGGUUUUCUCGCUCGUCCGACAGCGUUCCUCAACGACGUAUGUAUCAACGGUUGUGCCGUCCUUCUGCAGAAGGACAUGCCCAAUUCUGCUGUGGCUGUCUUCUCUACGUACGAUCUUCCUCGAAUCCGCUAUAAUGCAGCUGAUGAUAGGCUCUGGCGCAAUACAUCGUGGACGCGCUAUUGGGAGAAAGAUGUGUGGGUUCUCCCGAUUCAUCGGCCAUCUGAUGUUGGCCAUUGGGUCGUUUGCAUCAUUUACUUGUCAAGAAAAGAGCUUCAUCUCUUUGAUAGUCUAGCUGAACGGAGACCUUGGAAACAGGAUGUCAAAGAUGUCAUGAAAUUUGUUUGUCGACUUCUAAUGGUGGCACGUCAACGAGAUAAAAAUGUUCACAUUGAUAUGGAUGGAUGGGUAGCUCGCCCAUUGACUCUCAAACCUCUUCAAACUAAUGGUUAUGAUUGCGGCGUAUGGGUAUUAGCAACAAUCAUUGCUGUCCUACGUGGACGACAACUUACACAACUCCGAGAGGAUGAAAUGAGGGAUCUUCGAUAUUAUCUACAAUGUCGUGUACUUUCCAUCCCAGUAUUCUAG